GACUGCCCUAGUUGUACAACCCGCAGUAGCUAUAUAAUUACCAGCACCGCAUUUAUCGCUUGCUACUACUCAACAGCACUCUCCCUUCGUGAGAAGAAUUUCUACCUAGUUUGCGCGGAUAAAAACAAGGUUCGACUUCAUUCUGUUCCUUGUACGCGCGGCCCUUUGAGCUUUAUUUUCAGCAUCAAACCGCCGCACGACCCAGAAGUCGAUGAGCAGUCCAAGCCCCAUGCGGGGCAGCAAUACAUCUAUCAUGCGGGGCAUGAGCGCGACCAGUCUUCGCACAACCUCCUCAUCUGCCGGGCUCAACUCGAACGAAGCCUACCGGGAGGUUAUCAAAUGCAAAAAUGUCUGGGUCUGGAAGGAUGCGAACUUGUGAUGCAUACUUGGAUCACACAAAAAUCUGUCAUGCUUAGACAGCAAAGGGAGCUCCUUUUCCUGUCGCCGAAGGAAGGUGUUUGUCAUGCGGAUUAAGCAUUGGGAAACCGUCUCAAAAGAACCUGUGAUGCUGGGCCUUGCAUGGCACACCUUCGUGUCAAGCAGACACAGCAGCACAAACCUCAGCAAUCUUCCAGACCUAGACAUUUUUGCAAUGCAUACAGGUGGGACGACAGGCCUUUGAGGACGCGAAAUACCAGAUGACCCAGUAUCAAGUGCACAAAUAUCUGGGUCGGGAAGAAUGCAACAUUUGUCAUGCAGAUUUCUCAUGACCCAUGAUUCCUGUAAUGCAUGACCUAGCAUCACAGACGUUGACUUUCAGAGGGCGUCCUGCUGCACCUUCCGCAUGAAAAAUGCCCUGUCCGUGUAGCACAAACUGUGCCCCUCUUGCUCUUCAUGUAAUACAAACUUUUUUAGAGUCCAAAAACAGCAUGACAAGUUGCAACCUUCCAGACCCAGAGAUUUUUACAGUUCAUACCCAGGAACAAAAGAUGAAUCUGUUGCGGAAGACGAAGCGCCUGGACCAGGACUAUCCUGUGCAAAAGCAUCGUACUCGUAUUGCAAUCAUGCAUUACAAAUCUUUUUCUUGAGGCAAAUCAGCAUUACAAAUUUUCUUUCUCAUGCUGAGGAAAUUUGUCAUGCAUUUAUACGAGUACGAUAGGAUACUUUUGCAAUUCAUAAGGACAAGAUGCUCGCGAAAUUAGACUACUACUGCGGGUGGUUGUAUGGAAGCGUCAGGUUUGAAAUCGGCAAAGAUGAAAUAAUGAUUUGUCAUGCAUAAAAUGCAACGCAUGAAGUGCCUGUCUUGCCGGGAUAGCAAGUGAGGCCGAGUGUGAGCCUGUUUAGGGUUUGAAAUAGAGCUACUAAACUCGCACGACAAAAGCAGUCUUCUGUGCCCAAACAGCAUGACAAAUUCGGUUCCGGUGCGCAGAAACUUUGUCAUGCGCCGCUUGAUAAGUGGGCUUCCGACUGGUAUCUGUUUUGUGCAUGACAAACUAUUUCAACUUUGACGAUUUCAAACCUGACACAUCCAUAGGUUGAUUUGUCUCAACAUGAUUGUGCUGGGCGUGGAAAUCGAUACCGCCGACGUGUUCGACCCCGGAUUGCAAAACCCGUUUUGGUGGGCGGAAAGCGUGAUUUUGAUCUGUUUCAUUUUCGAACUGGCCUACCGCUUGCGCUUUGAGCGCAUGCCGAAAGUGAGAACGAAGUGGUUGGCGAUGAAACGGAAUGGUACAACCGGUAGAGGCAUGGACGAUACGAUAGACAUCGUCGAAAUUGGAAAUAGUGUCACAAAGGCGGGAUCGGGAUCGGGCGGAGGUAAGACUUCUAGAGUCAUCUUUUCAUGCUGCUAUAAUCUGGACGAUGCAGCUAGUCCUACUUUUGUAUCGGAAGACAGAACAAAGAGCUUCUAUGUGCUUGUUCUUCGGGUAGUUGCCUGACUAUACUAAUUUCAUCCUUCCGACAGAAUCGCAAAGAACCCUACUACAGGUAAUCCCCGCCCCUACAACGACGGAAAUAAAUCCGUCUCUCCGGAAACCAGUUCCAUAUCAAAUGCAAAUAAGUAUGUCUGGGUCUGGAAAUCGAAAUUUGUGAUGCUGGGUAGCGUAUCAUGAGAAGGCGAAGGCCACAAGUGCUGGCCCAGCAUGACAAGUUUUUGAGCUUCUUUUCUAGGUGUUGCCUAUUCAUCUGCAGUGACAAACUGCGUUUCUGCGUGACAGAAAAAGGGCGUGCUCUUGGGUGACGUGCAUGACAGCUUUAAGAGUCAUUCCAGACAAGCAUGACAAACACGCAUUCUUCCAGACCCAGAUAGUUUUGCGUUUGAUAUUCCACCGCAUUAGGCGACUACUCGCCAGCAAGGGAAUAUGGAAGCGUCAGGAUUGAAAUCGUCAAAGUUGAAAUAAUUUCUCAUGCACAAAUUGCAAGGCAUGAAGUGUCUCUCUUGCAGGGAUGGCAAGUGAGGCCGACUGGCAGCCCGUUUAGGGUCUGCGAUAGAGCUGCUAAAGUAGCAUGACAACAGACGCCUUCUGUCCCUAAACAGCAUGACAAACUGGACUUAGGUGGUGCCAAAAAUUGUCAUGCGCCGCUUGGGAAUUGGGCUCCCAACUGGUAUCGAUUUUAUGCAUGACAAACUAUUUCAACUUUGACGAUUUCAAUCGUGACACUCCCAUAGGGAAACAACCUCGUCGACUGCGAGCGCGAUGAGUCCAACAGGAGCUCC